AUUGGAUGAGAGGGUGCACUGGGAGAGCCGAGUGAGUGAACAGCUGGAUGCUGGAUUUAACAGAGACGCCUGAUCCGUUUCACCACGGUUAACACACCGUGCCGCAGAUUGUCCCGUCCGGCCUGCCGUUGUUGUUUGAGGCUCCACCUGAUCUCCUUCUGACUCCAUCGGCUCCUCUGAGCGGAGGAUGCGACGGGCCCGCGGUGCUCUGCGCACUGUGGAAACAUCCAUCAGCUGCUGUUCUGCUUUCAGGUGCCCGGAGCUGCAUCCCCAGCAACGAAAAUAAACCUGAAUAAUUAGGAUCGUACAAGUCAGAGGGAAUAAGAAGGCGUCGUGCAGGGCAGGCUGUCGGAGUCUCCUCCAUCCUUUUUUACUGAGUCCCGUCUGUUGGUGUGAUGGCUGUGUUUUUGGUGCUUCUUCUCUCCGUGCUCCUCCUGUCCCUCCACACUCCUUGUCGAGCAUCUCCUUCCUGCCCUGUGAGCUGUCGCUGCUACAGCCUCACCGUGGAGUGUGGCUCCACCGGCCUGAGGGACAUCCCCAAACACGUUCCUCCAUCCACACAGACCAUCUUCCUCCAGGACAACGUGAUUGGUCAGAUUCGUCGACAGGACCUCACUAUGCUGAGGCACCUGCACUACUUGUAUCUGCAGAACAACACAAUCUCAGCAGUGGAGCCUGGAUCUUUCCAGCACCAGGGACAGUUGCUGGAGCUGGCUCUGAACGGGAACCGGGUCCACCUGGUGACAGCUGACAUGUUUCAGGGACUCGAACAUCUCCGCAUUCUUUACCUGGCGGGAAAUGACAUCACACGCCUGCAGGACUACACCUUCCGUGGCUUACAGCGUCUGCAGGAGCUCCAUCUGCAGCACAACAGUAUAGAGAUGUUAGCAGACCAGGCUCUAGUUGGUUUGACUUCUCUGGCUCUGCUGGACUUGAGCAGGAAUAAUCUUCACACCAUCGGCCCUGCAUCCCUGCGACCUCUGGUCAGCCUGCAGGUGCUGCGCAUUACAGACAACCCAUGGCGCUGUGACUGUGCUCUCCACUGGCUGAGGAGCUGGAUUGACGAGGAAGGCCAGCGUCUGCUCAGCUCUGCAGAGCGUCGACUGGUCUGUACUGAGCCGCCGCGUCUCUCCCACCUCAGCCUGGUGGAGGUACCCCUCAACAGCUUGGUGUGUAUCCCUCCACUGGUGCAGCUGGAGCCCAGGAGGCUGGCUGUGCGCUUGGGAGAGAGCCUCAGGGUGUCCUGCCACGCCUCUGGUUACCCUCGGCCACAGGUGACCUGGAGGAAGGCGUCCCAGGGAAAAGUGGUGCUCUCUCCCAGAGGCUUGGUUCAGGAGCUAGGUGCUGCAGGAGGUGGAGUGGGUGGAGCAGAGGAGCCGUCAGGGGAAGGCAGAGUCAGUCUGCAGAAGAAUGAGGGCGAGCGCUUUGACCCUGACACCGGCAGUGGCAUGCUGUUCCUCAGUAAUGUGACUGUGGCUCACGCAGGUUUCUAUGAGUGUGAAGCCUGGAACGCAGGUGGCGUGGCCAGGGUGACCUUUCAGCUUGCCAUCAACUCAUCCACUUCCUCUUCCUCAUCUUCCUCCUCCAUCUGGGCCUCGUGGUCCCAAGUGUCCUCGCCAUACUCGCCUGCUUGGCCCAGGCUGAGGAGCCAUGGUCCUGCUAUGGGCUCAGAUGUGAGCCGGGAGCCGCUGUACGCUCUGGGCAGCAUGGCCUUCAGCGCUCUGGGAGCUGCCACUCAGACUGCCAUCGCUGUGGGCAUCUCCCUGCUGGCUCUGACCGCUCUGCUGCUGGUCGCCAUGAUCUACAGCCGACAUCAUCAACGAGAGAAGGAAGCGGAUGGAGCUGAGAAGGAGGAGAGCAUCCUGUAUGUGAAUGACUACUCUGACGGCCCCACUACCUUUGCCCAGCUGGAGGAGUACCGUGACGAGCGUGGCCAUGAGAUGUACGUCCUCAACAGAGCCAAGCCUGUGUUGCCUCCAGCUCCACCCACAGCUGUCUCCACCACUAACCUGGGUUGCCCUGCUCCAUCCGACACCUCCAGCCACACCCUCUCCUCGGGGCCAGGCCAGACCAUGAGUCCCACUCUGGCCCCCAACAAAAAGCAGCAACAGCAGCAGGAGGGCGACAUACGGACCAUGAGGAGAAUGGCAGGGGAGGGAGGGGAGGCCGAGCCUGUGAUCACAUCAGAGGCAGAGGGGAUGUUUCUUAAUCACACAGGCCUGUUCAUGGACUCGCAGAUCGCUUACGAGAUCCACUGCUGAAGGGGGGAGAGUAUCCAUUGCAGCACAGAGGGUUUGUGUGUGAAGCAGUGGUUUACAGCAAAGCCUGACACAUCUUAUUUGAAAAAGGCCAAGGUCACUGCUGACAGUAGCGCUUAUCACUGUGGAAGGAUAUACUUUAUACAAGACUCAUCCACAGUGAGGGACUCUCAUUGGAGAAGGCUUACAUACCUGGCACAGCUCACAGUCUGGUUUAUUGAAUCAAUAGCGCUUGAGACUUCCCAUGGACAUACUGUGACCUUGCACGCCACAACAACAGUAAUGAGUAGAUUGAUGGGUAGAUUGCCAUUCAGAUAAAGACAAUUUUAACUGGACUCAGGUUGAGCUGCACACAACUGAACUGUCCUGUACACAAACAUCUGGGUCAGCAUUUAACAGAGCUACUUUCAUAACAGAAACCUUUCACCAUCAGUGCUGUGCAAGAGUUAACAUCUGUCCUCAAGAACUCUUAUUGGUUAUUUGGAGGGUGAGUAUAACAAAAGGGGGAAAUCAUGGAAUCUUUCAUUUCAUGAGCAUGUAGUAACCCUAACGUGUUUUAUAACUGUUGUUAAUGUCUCGACAUGUUUUAAUUUAAUCUCAGACUGUGCAGGCUGAAGGCAGUACAGCGAGGAUGGGACAGCAACAGUUGAAUUGUUGUAUUUAUUUAAAAAUCUUGGGAACAUGUUAAAUCAUUACAGAGAAUUGAUCUUAAAGGAAAUUGCUGUUUACCUUCAAUUUAAGUCGUAAUCUUCCAUCAUGAAACUGUAACACAGCAGGGCUGUCGCAGCGGAAGGAAUCAAUGAUCAGCACAGUAAACAAUAUUAAAUAUAAUAACACAACUGAAACAGAAUAAGAAUCUGCAUAAAGCAAUAUAACUUCAAUAUUAAAAGUGAGGCCAAUAUGAAUUGUUUGGAUUACUAAGUAUCGCUGUGGCUCUGAGAGCUCAAUGCAUGCAAAUAGUUAAACACAUGCAAAUUAAAAAACACAUCUUUAUCAAUAUGACAAAGCACGUACAGUGUGUUUUUGUAUUGAUUGUUUCAAUGUGGUGUGUUUUCUCUACUUGCAGUGUGUUUAGCUCUCAGGGCCACUGUAAUAGAAGUCUUAUUAAAAUAGUCAGCAACAUGAGCUGUGUUACACAAACUAUUAAGAAUCAAAAAUUCACUUUGAAACCAACUAAAAAUUUGUGAUGCAAGACAAACGAAUGCCCACUGAGGUCUAUCUGACUGAACUGUUGCACUUACAAAUCACUGUGAGUGUAGAUGAUUUUUUCCAAUAACAAGGCAGCAGGCAUAUGUUUCAGUCAAAAUCACAAACACAUCAGUGAUUAUAAAAAUAUUUAUAUUCUAAAUGUGGCUCUUCCAUUAACUUAAAUGUACAACAAAGGAGUUUAUGUCCCUGCCAGGCUCCUGUAGGAAUGAUGACUCGAUUUUACUGGUAAUCUCAUUGGUCCCCAGACAGGCUGUAGAUUUUGAUCUGAUUGUAUGAUUUUUGUUUUGUUUGUUUAUUUCUCUCCUAUUCUAUUUGAACAGGACUUAUUCACAACAAACUGGGAUAAGCUCCAGCUUCUAGUGACCCUGAAUAGGAUAAGCGGUUACGGAUACUGAAUGAAUUAAUGAAUAAAGUAAUUAAACUAUGUGCAUAUACCAUAUUUAACAAAAAUAUGUUUCAUUUCCUUCGUAUUUUUAUGCCAUAUUCAGACAGACCAUGAAAAAAGUGUCAAAACAAUUGGAGUCAGUGCAUUUCUUUUUAUGUAUGUGAAA